GAAAGCCUCGUUUUCUCACCGGAUCGUUGUUAGUCGUCGAACCAGCCAGGCAAGCGGGAUGGAAGUAAGGGAUGCCAAUGCCGCUAUGCUAAGCAACUAUGAGGUCUAUCAGUUGCUGACAGACCUGAAAGAAAAAAGAAAGGAGAUGGUUAAAAAUAAGCACAGCACAGGACAGCAGAAUCUCAACACCAUCAUGUAUGAGACCCUGAAGUACCUCUCCAAGACGCCGUGUGCUCAUCAGAAUCCAGACACUGUGAAGAAGUUCCUCACUUCAAUGCUGCCUCACAAGCUCACUAAAGCCGAGAAGUUGCAGCUCCUUAACCACAGACCUCAGACUGCUGUUGAGAUCCAGCUGAUGGUAGAGGAGAGCGAGGAAAGACUGACAGAAGAACAGAUUGAUGAACUUAUACAGAAAGUCACGGACGUCCUGCCUGGUGACCCUCAGAAAGAAGCUGAUGCAUCUGCUGACCCUGAGAUGGAGACAGACCAGUAACAUCACCCCUGCAAACUCAAUUAUAUAUAUAUAUAUAUAGAGAGAGAGAGAGA